CAAACCUUUUUAGAAUUAUUUUAUUCCAGGUUCUCUUGAUUUUAAAUUAAAUAAUUCUAUUUGUAUGUCUUUAAGUAUUUUAUUUUAUAACAACCCUGAUUGAAUAAUAUUUAAUUUUAUUUGUGUGAACAAUUUUUAUAGAUUUAUCUUAUUUUUAUGUAACACACAGGUUUUUUGCUUGCAAUACUUUUUUCUCAACAAACGACAACACGGCAAGCAAUAAAAAAACACAACACUUAGAACCAAUUAGCUCGUCUGAUUUUCUAACCAGGUAGAUAGAUAUAUGUAUGUACCUACUCGUUGAAAUAUAAUUUAAUUAAAUUAAUUAACAUGACGAUGAGUGAAGUUAUUUAUCUUGCUUCAGCAAACUAUUAAGCUAAUAGUAAUUAGUAAUUUUAAGCUUUUUUACAAUCGCCAAUUUAAACAGAUUAAAGAAUAUUACCAUGUGAUAUAGUGAAACAAGGCAGUCAAAAUAUUUUAGAAUUAAUUUAAAUACCUUCAUUAAUAAAGGUACAAAAUAAAUCUGAAAUUAAGGAUCAGAGAAGGUGGUUAGAGGAGAUCAUCUUUAACCUAAUGCCGUCAGAUGUUGUCAUGUGUUCUUACUUUUCUUUGUUCUUCCAUCUCUGUCUCUUUGCCUCGGAUUAAUACCUUUAGCUGUUGUCAAGUAAGUGCAGCGUCUCUACUUCGAACGUUAAUGUAAUUUAAAAUCUCUGUGAUUUUCGAUAAUAGUAAAAAUAUAAAUUAAAUUGGAAAAAAAGUGUAUAAUGAUGUGUAAAGUGUUUGGUGUUGACAUUACUGUAAAUAAAGUUCUAUAAUGUAAACAUUAUGAUAAUAAGUGAUGUAUGACGUCUGAACGAUCAAUACUAACCGACUAAGCAACAACGACGUGGUGUUAUCUGGAAUUUGUCUUCCUGUGACGCAAGUUAUGAUUCCAGAUAUAUAUAUAUAUAUAUAUAUAUAUAUAAUAUAGGAGAGAAGAAGCCCAAUGAGGAGACAGUAGCGACCGAGAAUCUAAGAAAUACACACAAUUCUUUUGUUGAUCAAUAUAACCCAAACAAUUAACUCUAGGUCCCCGAAAUGGGUCAUGUCUACAAAAUAGUAAACGCCCUCAACAAAUGUACUUCAAAAAUAGGCCAUUCUCACAAAAUAAUCCACUCCUCCCAAAAGGGCUACAUCCUACAAGGGAAGUCAUGCUUGCCUAAGUUGUUGAAAUAAAACUGUAAUAUGUAUACACUCUUUAUCUCUUUUAUUAUCGUGUUAUAGUAGAAUAAAAUAAGGGCAACAUAUAGUGCUUCGUUAAGCAUCUAGUGAUUAAGAGGAGAACUCGCUUCGUUAAGUAUCGAGAACAACCUAGUAGUUUCUCGAACCAGUUUGAGGUAUAUAAAUAGCCGCUUAUAAGCGAAGCGGGAUUAUUAUUGGUUGUGAACUGCGAUAAAGUAAAGACUGUGUUUAAAAAGUAAUAAUUGAGUAAAGACUGUGUUUGAAAAGUAUUAAUUGAAAGUGUUCAAUAAAUAAGUUUAGAACAAUUUAAAUAAAGUAAUAAUUGUGUUUUAUUUGCAAGUGUCAAUAAGUUUUAACUGUCGGACCAAGCCGAAUAUUUCAUUGGUGUCAGAAGUGGGAUUAAAACUUAUUGAGAAUAAGAACAGUGAGCAGUGAUUAAACUAUUUUGUGUAAAGUAGUGAAGUUAAAAAAAAAAUGAGUAAAGUUUUGAAAGACUUAACUGUCCCUGAGCUAAAGGCCGAACUAAGCAAACGUGGCUUAAGUGGAAUAGAAGUAAAAACCGAACUCGUUAAACGGUUUCAGGAAUAUCUGGAGCAGCAAAAUGAAGCAAAAGUGGAAGAGGUAAAUUCAAAUGUUGCCUUAUCUAACAUGGUGUCAAUUCUCUUAGCCAAAUUUAAAGAAAAUAAAAAUGAUGUUUUGAAACAACUAGAAGCCCAAAGAAGCGACCAAAAACUAGAGCAGCAGAAUGUUCUCAAACAACUAGAAACUCACAGGACUGAAGAGAAAAUCAAAACUGUCGACGAGCGCGUCGAAAAACAGAAUGCACGUUUCGAGAAAAUUGACGAACAAAUUGAAACCAUCACAAAUGAAUUAGAAAAAGUGCGUAAGAUGAAAGCUCGAGAACCUUCUGGUGAGUGCUCAAGGAAGAGAGAAGUGAAUCCUCCAAGCUUUGAUGGGCAGAUUCCGUGGUCAAUAUACAAGAAACAGUUUGAAGCAGCAGCGUUAACAAACGGCUGGGACGAUCACGAAAAAUACAUUGCUCUUACGCUUGCUUUAAGAGGAUCUGCUGCUGAACUGCUACAAACCAUCCCAGCAGACAAGAGUGAUGACUUCACAGUUCUUGUAAACGCAAUGGAACAGUGGUUUGGGGAUAGCCACAUGAUAGAAGUCUUCCGAGUUCAGCUUAACAAUAGAACACAGAAAAGAGGUGAAACUCUGCAGCAGCUUCAGGCAGAUAUCGAGCGAUUGGUUCACCUGGUAUAUCCAACAGCAGGUAACGAGAUAAUAAAUAAACUUGCCGUUGAAGCCUUUGUGAGAGCUGUGGGCGAUAUAUAUCUCCAAAGGGCUAUCCGCACUGCCGGAAAGCGAACACUACCAGAAGCAUUGGCUUUCGCUCUGACGAUGGAAGCUGCAGAACAAGCUUCCCAAAACGUGAAUCGUGUAAGAAAAAUAGAAGUCCAAGAAUGUUCUUGUCAGAAGGCUACUGUGCAAAGGAGUUAGCGAGACGGACCAGAACGAUGCUGGAACUGCAAUAAGACUGGGCAUUUACAGCGACAGUGCAGAUUACUGCGAAGAGGAACCGCAAAGCAACACCAACAACAUUGCUUCCGAAGUUGUUUCCCACCUGGGAAACGAAUAAGAACCAACGUCGAGGGGCAGAACCUGUUUUCUGGUAUCGAUGGCCCCAGAAACAACAUCCAGGUUUCUCAAACGAAACGUGACAACAAGAGCCUGACCUUGGAAGCAAGUAUAAACGGCAACAAGUGUGUGGCUUUUAUUGACACCGGUGCCACGGCGUCAAUCAUACGGCAAGACCUCGUUAAGAGGCAUGGCUCCACAAC